GGUGGGCGGGGUUGCCCGCCAGUUGGAUUAGUGUCAGCCUGGGGGGUCUGGAGCCGGGCGGUUGCUUCCGUUUAGCCUUUUGCUCGCGGGUCACUGGUUGGCGGCGUUGCUGACGAGCUGCGGAUCGGAGUUUCCCGGUUCGUGUGUCCUCUGAGGCGAAGACAAAGGCAAAGGCUGCUAGCAAGCUGGAGUCUGCUUUCCAUCUGUAACCUCCCAAGUUAGUGACUGUUUGCUCUGCUGCCAUGAAAGUGAAGAUUAAAUGCUGGAAUGGUGUGGCCACUUGGCUCUGGGUAGCCAACGAUGAGAACUGUGGCAUCUGCAGGAUGGCGUUCAAUGGCUGCUGUCCAGACUGUAAGGUGCCUGGAGACGACUGCCCCCUGGUGUGGGGCCAGUGCUCCCACUGCUUCCACAUGCACUGCAUCCUCAAGUGGCUCAACGCACAGCAAGUGCAGCAGCACUGCCCCAUGUGCCGCCAGGAGUGGAAGUUCAAGGAGUGAGGCCCUCCUCUCACCCGGACGCCCGGCAUCUCCACUGGCAGUGGUGUCCCUGGCUGUGACGGGGUUGGACUGAGGACUGGAGCCUCCUGUGUUCUUUUCCCACAGAGCCAGACACUUUCAUCCAAUAAGUAAAGCUUGUUAAAGCAGC